UCAAAAGCGACGAGGGGGGAGACGGGCAGUGAGAAGAGAGCACAGGAGAAGAGGCAGAUAAAAGUGUGCUGAGAGCUCAGAAGUGUCCUGUCACCUCGACACGAUGGUCUGUCUACCGGGAUUCAUCUGGGUCUUCCUGAGCGCUCUCCUGCACCCUGUGGCACCCUGGGGCGCACAACGACGGGACCGACCGAAGCAGUGCGACACACCAAAGUCGCAAAGUGACAUGAACUCUUUCUUGUGGACAGUAAAGCGUGCGCCUCCUCACCCCCCUUCCUACCUUUUUGGUACCAUCCACGUGCCCUACACUCGGGUCUGGGACUUCAUCCCCAACAGCUCCAAGCAGGCUUUCCACAAUAGCCACAAUGUUUUCUUUGAGUUAGACCUGACUGACCCUCUGACCAUCUCAAAGCUUACCAGCUGCCAGCUACUGCCCCAUGGGGAGAACCUGCAGACCUUGCUACCUCGAGACCUGUACCGCCGCCUCAAACGCCACCUGGACUAUGUUAAACACAUGAUGCCUUACUGGAUGACAGCUGAUCAGCGUGGCCGUGGCCUCUAUGCUGACUACCUAUUCAACGCCAUUGCGGGGAACUGGGAAAGGAAGAGGCCCGUCUGGGUGAUGCUGAUGGUGAACUCGCUAACAGAGUGGGACGUUCGAUCCAGGGGGACGCCAGUGCUGGACUUGUUUUUGGCUCAAGAGGCUGAGAGGAUGGGAAAGACAACAGGGGCGGUGGAGCGGGUGGAGGAGCAGUGUCACCCCCUCAAUGGGCUCAACUUCUCUCAGGUGCUGUUUGCUUUGAACCAAACACUGCUGCAGCAUGAGGGCGUACGAGCAGGCAGUCUGCAGGGCUCCUACACCACUGAGGACCUCAUUACUCACUACAACUGUGGAGAUCUCAGCUCCAUUAUCUUCAACCAUGACACCUCACAGUUGCCUCACUUCAUCAAUAGUUCUCUGCCAGCUCAUGACCGCAUGACGGCCCUACAGAUUGACAGCUACUUCCGCCAGGAGCUCAUCUACAAACGCAAUGAGCGAAUGGCUCGCCGUGUGUCUGCCCUGCUGCAGAGAAAUCCAAACCAGACUUACUUCUUUGCCUUUGGUGCAGGUCAUUUCCUGGGAAACCGCAGUGUGCUGGACAUCCUCAGGCAGGAGGGAUACGAGAUCGUACACACUGCUUCUGAUCACCAGGAGCCUGUUGCAGAGAAUAAACCACAUGAAGAUCCUGCAGUACUGUCCAGUGAAGAGAGCACUGACAUGAGCACUGUAUCUCCAACCAACUGGCAGACCAGUCCAGCAGAGAUGGAGCUGGAAGAACCAGAUGACGCCCCUGGCUUCGGAGAUGAGGUGCUGCCUCACAUGCUGCUCCCUGACAGCCUGAGCCAGCUAGAGGAGUUUGGACGACACAAACGGCCUCGCAAAGUUAACCGCGGUCACGGGAGACCCCGCCUCUUCAGUGACCUGUGGGUUCGCAUUGGAGAUGGCACCACCGCACCACCGAAUGUGAGGAUAAUUAACGGUUAUGUGACAGUGUCACCUCCACUGACUGGCCAAGAGCAGCACAGAAGGAUGGACAUCUACACCACAGAGAAACAUCCGAGUCCAACUUCCUCCACUCCACAUAAUCCCAGCUCAGCCCAGCCAUCCUCAGUCCAUAGCACACUUACACUGUCAUGUAUUUUAGCCUGGCUGUUAUCACACAUGCUGUUCACGUCCUGACCACAAGACUCACACAGACAGACACUCAGACACUACAGCAUCCAUGGUCCAUUCCAGAGCAUUGGAAUGUACCCGAUAAACAAGGAAUGACCACCAGCACA